GGAAUAUUAGCUUGGCACCUUGAUGAAUCACAUAAUUAGGAUUUUAAAUAAGGAUAAAUCAGUGCAUUCCCAGGAGAGAGUUGAGAAUAGGUAACAUGGUAUGAGUAUAGCUACAGUAUGAACAUGAAGUUUUACACUGUAAGCAAUGCUAUGUGUUAGUGCUGUGUGAAUCAAAAUGUUUCAGGUAAGUCUUACAAAGCUGAAAAAGUGGUGGCGAAGAGAGAAAGUGAAGGAUAGGAGUCAGAAGCAGGGAACUGAAGACUGUGGAGUAAGUGUGUGUGUCUAUUGUGGCGUGUUCUUGGACAAAGCUGUUGUCUGGAGGUUUCUGGUCUCUCUGGUGAUCUCAUCAUCUCCAGCCUGUUGCCAUUAGUGUGUGUGUGUGUGUGUGUGUGUGUGUGUGUGUGUGUGUGUGUGUGUGUGUGCGUGCGCGCACCCCCGCGUGUGUCUGCGUACACUGAGCAUGUGUGUCUGUAAUAAUUUAGUCCUUUAGUGAUUUAGUGUGUGUAUUCUGUUGAGCUAGCAGAAACUUGGUGUGCGGCUGUGUGUGUAUGUGUGUGCACGUACAUAUGUGUGUGCGUGUGGUUGAGUCGGUAGCCAGGGACUCCAAGCCACAAUAUUUUCCCCCUCAGUCAUGUUGUUUUAUAUCAUUCAUAGAGAGAAAGAGAGAGUGUGGGGUGGUGAGGGGUUCAGAUAAAUACAGUAGUAAAGACAUGAGUGAUUGCUGAGGAGCGACCGAAGAGGAGAUGUAGAAGAAGAUUUGGAGUCCAAGGGUGGAGAGACAGAGGGGUGUAGGAAGUGUUUGCUGAGUGGGUUGGGGUUGAGUACACAGUAGCGCCACUGACCUAGAAGGACAAUAUUUGCAGACCGCACUUGACAUGCACAAACACACACCCACAUGAAGAGAGUGCACAGGGAGAAAAUACAUCCCAAAAACCAAAGGAGCCUGGCCUGUGCAGCCAUGCUGAUGUAUGAUUACCCUCUGAAGACAGACAUGGAGACGUCAUUCUACUCAUCGUUAGUGAAAACCCCGGAGCCAUACGGAGUGAUCUUCUCUCACCCAGCACACAUCUACCACCCCACGCACAUGCACGCCUUCACCCAGUCCCACACCCCCAGCAAUCCCACGCACACCCAGCUGGAGCCCGUUGACCUGUCAGUCAGCAAGCGCUCCUCCUCCACCUCUUCUUCCUCCUCCCCUCCCUGCUCUUCCGCCUCCUCCCCAGCUUCCUCGCGCAGCUCACCGCCUUCCCCCUACAGCUCGGCGAGCCGUGGCUCCCCCCGCUGCUCCCCUCAGCUGUCCCAGCUGCGCUCCUCGCCCUCCCACGCUCUGCAGCCGCCCACUUCCUCAUUACCAUACCCUACUAUGGUGGCUCCUCUGAUCGGCUCAGGAUCCGGGGUCAUCCAGGGGUCAGGGGUCAUGGUGUCCCCAGUGAUGGUGCCCCUGUCUGUCCUCUACCCCUCCCCUCUCCACCUGCACCAGUCGAUAAUGGUGAGCCCGCCAGUCGCCAGUGACGACGACCAUCAUCGAAGCAGAGAGCACAAGACAGUUCACUCUUCUAAGGCCAUGGAGCUGCGAGGCGACGCCCACGACAUGCACAGGCCAAUCAAAACAGAGCCUCGCCCUGAGCUCGCCCAUGACCCCCACAUCAGCCAUGAGAUGAAGUCAUCGGUCAUCAGGAUAUCGCACGAAUAUGAGGGAAACAACCCGUCAGUAAUAGUUCAUUCGGGCGCAAAGCAUCCUCUCCCUGCCGACUCUCCUGACUCGCUGAAAAAGCGGAGAAUCCACCGCUGUGAUUUCACAGGCUGCAACAAAGUCUACACUAAGAGCUCCCAUCUGAAAGCACACCGCAGGACACACACCGGUGAAAAACCCUACAAGUGCAUGUGGGAAGGCUGCACAUGGAAGUUCGCCCGUUCAGACGAGCUGACGAGACACUUCCGCAAGCACACAGGAGUCAAACCGUUCCAGUGCCCCGACUGUGAACGCAGCUUCUCCCGCUCGGACCACCUGGCUUUACACAAAAAGCGCCACCUCCUGGUGUAAUGCGUUGCACAGAGCAACUUGAAAGAAACUUGGUGCUGGCUUCAAUGUUGGACUGUACCACUUUGACUUGAGGGGGUGGGGUCUAUAGUAAAGAGCUGACCUUAAACAUUGGACUCCAAGAGGGAGUGGGGAAAUGUUCCUCAGGGUGCAAGUUCAUACCCUUUCACCUCAUUUGCCUGAAUAUGAGCUGGUGUCAGCCUGCUACUCAUCUAUCCAUCAAUUUUAAUCCUCUCUGCAGAUUUACCAGCUCAUCUUAACAUUAUAAUAGAAAUCGAAGUGUUAUACCAGACCUCUUAUCAGCUGUGGAGGAUCCAGACGCUUUUUUAUUUUUUUUUUGAGAGGGUCCACAGCAUCUCAGCUGGCCUGAGAGCAACACCCUCCAGUGGCCACAGAUCCGAAUCGCAUCUACACCUGCUCUGUUUAAAGGUAUACUCUGCAGGAUUUGUCGGUUAGUGCUGGUAAGCACACAGCAUUCAAAGUUUGCCCCACCUUCCCAGCUCAAGGAGCUAGAAGAGAGUAGCAGUGGUCAGGUGAGCUAGAGAGUGAAUAAAGAGAGCGAGCAGCGCUGAUGAGAAAAAAAAGCCAUAAAUCAGAUAAAUAAAACGCUUUAUGUUCUAAAGCGCAAAUAAACACCUCUGCAAAACCCUGUGGGAAGGUACUGCUUUGGCAGAUUUUGUUUGAAUGCAGAGCUUUGUCCUGUCCGCUGAGGUCUCUCUGUUCUGCAUGUGUGUAGCUCAACUCCACCCUCGGUCAAUGAGACACGCAGACCUGCAGCUCUUUAUACAUCCAUGACACAGAGACAGAGAGCAGAGCGGAGCAGAGGAGAGAAACGGAGACAGCAAUGUAACCUGGUCACUAAGCUACUGGUCCUGACCUCAUACCCUUUGCGCUGUUAUUGGCUGGAGGCUACACACCCAUCACCCAAAGGCUAACACAGAGAAGCAACCUAAACAGAGCAAAAUAAUAAGAAAAUACAACCAGAGGGCAGAGUCUCUGUAGAUAAAUACACCGAUACAGACUUCUAGUGGGUCAUAAGUAUUAUUGAGAGGGAUUACAUUUGUAUAAGUCUAUACAUUGUUUUGUUUUUCUUUGUAAGAAAAUCCUGCAUAGUAUACCUUUAAACUUCACAGCUGAGAAAACACAGCAAGACACACAAACAUCAUACUCUUAAGCUUUCGUUUUGUAGCAUCAGCUCUCGCUUCUCUGCAUGCAUUUGAGUGAAUAUUGUGGACACACACACACACACACACAACACGUUAUUUGCUAGCUAGGCCAAUAUAAUGUGAAACUUUCCAGAAUGUAUCGUUAUCACAACUACUGUGCAUUGUGUUAUAUAUCAGCUUUCUUAUCAGUGCAGCUACCUGUGACAUAACGCUAAGGCUAACACCUCCUUCAUGACACCACACACCUCAUCUGCCUCUACAAGCUUACAUCAUGAAGUGACUUUAAAAAAACUAACAGGUAGCUAAUGCUUGCUUUUCCUUCUACAUACAUACUCAUGUUUUACAGCACAUACAUCAGAAAACGUGCACUUAGUAAAAGGAGCUCGAUCUCGUGUACUUUUGGUGUCUGGUUUGAAAAAAGGGGGACUCUCAUUCAUUGUCAGAGUGAAGUGUUUUUUUAUGUGUUCAUUCAGAAAUGUGAACGUUGCUGCACAGGGGCAUUAUCGUUUUUAGUGAGGAAAAGACACCACUCAGUUUGUUUAAGGGUAGAAGCAAUGAAAUGUCGUAUGUCUUAGAUCAAGUUUAUGUGUCUAUGAUAUGAAUUAUGUUUUUGGUUUGUGAUGUGACACCAUGGUAGCCUUUUUUAUCAUAUGACACUUUUAUAUGGGAAAAAUACAAAGUGCAAAGCAGGGAAAUUUGCGCUUAACUUUUUGUUUUUCAAGAGUAGGUGAGUUUUAUUCAAGCCUGCCUUACAGGAUCUGUUAGGAUUUUUUUUUUUAAGUCAUUUAAUUCAUUAGUGUUCAAUAUUUUAAUAUAUCCAUAUAAUGCCAAUCAGAUGCCAGAAGGUAGCAAAUAUUUUUAUUCUAUGCCAUCACAAUUGCUGAGCACAACUUUUUUUUUUACAGCUUCUGGAGAACAAAAAAGCUUUGUGUAUAGCGUCUUUGUACAUGUCUCCAAUGUGCACUUUAUAUAUAAAAAAAACAUUCCCAAAGCCAAACAUUCACCAAUCACAUCCGUUUUGCUCUAUUCAUAAAUCUGCAGGUCAGUUUGAUCAGAAACAAUCAACAGGUUGUCAUUUCAUAAUCAUCUAAUGCCAUUAGACGGCUUUUGUUUUCGUCGCACGCACACAUGCACACACACACAGACACACAGACAGACACACACACACACACACACACACACACACACACACACACACACACACACACACCGAAUGUAGCGGCUCCACUAAUCUGCAUUUGCUCCUGGAUAUUUUUUGUGGCUUGUAUAUGUUUUCGUGUGUGCAAAUAUAAGUUGUAUAUAUAUAAUAUAUAUAUAUAUACUGUACAUAUAUAUAUAUAUAUAUAUUGAUUAUUAGACUGAAAGGGCAAUUAAAGGUUUUUAUUAAGCAUGAUUUUGAUACUCUUAUAAUAAUGGAUGGAUAUUACACAUUUCUAUAAUGUUGUGUCUGUAAUAAACCGUAUCUCUUUUAAUCUAUGUUGGCAAUUCAAAGGGAAUGUGUUAAACUGUGAACAUAUAACUGUACAGGUCUAUCUGCAAUUUUGCAUUUAUUUUAAAACAGAAUAUUCAUACCACUCAAUAAACGUAUUGAUACUA